UGCAAUGUGUUGAUUGAGAGUCUUUGCUUCGCAUAGAAAUAACCUCCACACAUCCUCCACCCAGUAAAAACUAUCAAACUCCCGGAUUUUAGUAAUACAAAUCUUCCAUAAACUUUCUUUCAAGCUAUGAAAUAUCAUAGGAUGAUCUUCACAUAUCAUAGUUUAGUAGUUUCUCUCUUUCUUAUGAUUAAUCUUUCCUUCUUGAAGGGCAUCAAGUCUGAAGUUUAUACAGUUGGUGAUGAGCAGCAGUGGAACACAGAAACCAAUUUUGACUCCUGGGCUCAUGAGUACAAUUUCACUGUCGGUGAUGUUCUUGUUUUCAAGUACAACAAGGGGGAGCAUAAUGUUUAUGAAGUUACGGAGGCCACAUAUAGAUCUUGUAAUGCCAGCAAUGGAGUUUUGAGUGAAUAUGAUACUGGAAACGAUCAAGUCAUGCUCGCAGAGGCGAAGAAGUAUUGGUUUAUUUGUAAUGUUGCAGGUCACUGCCUUGGAGGAAUGAGGUUCGGCGUUGAUGUAAAAGAAGCUUCUUCCUUUUAUACAAAUUUCACAAAUGAUUCACCAUUACCAUCUGGGGGACCAACUGGUUAUUCUUCUGUAAGCCAUGCUUUUCAAAGAUGGAAAAUUGGGUUUCUCUUUGUUUCAUCUGCAGUUUUGUUACUCAAAUUGUAUUAACCGAUGGAAGAUUUCACAAAGAAUUAAGUGUCUUUCUGUGUUGAAACAAACAAAGCUAAUCCAGUGUCCAUUGAUUGAAGAUCAAA